AUGAGGCGCAUUCUUUCUUCCUCGCUCUUUCAGUUCUUUGCGGAUGUAGGAGGUGUCGGCGCCGGUCGAGCCAUGCUUUCGCGGCGGCGGUUCUGGCUCGCACCGGCUAUAUUCUUUCUCAUCGUCAUAUACUUCGUCACUAAAAGACCGCUGUCGUCAGGUUCUGACAGCCGCCACUAUGGCAACGUGCGUUGGCAAAAGCGGCCUGCGCGGUACCCUAUAUCAGACUAUACAGCCUUGCCCAAGACAGGCACUGCAAUUCCUCGUAUACAAUUCGACUUCUCAUCGCGUACAGAGUCACCAAAGGAGAAGACCUUGCGGCUCUCCCGCAGGCAAAAGAUCAAGGACGCUUUCAUCCAUGCUUGGAGUGGCUACACCAAGCACGCAUUUGGCAAAGAUGAGGUCAGACCCAUCAACGGCGGCUAUAGAAACAGCUUUGGCGGAUGGGGCGCCACACUCGUCGACAGUCUAGAUACCCUGUGGCUGAUGGGCCUGCGCGAGGAGUUUGUAGAGGCAGUGGACGCAGUAGAGAAGAUCGACUUCACAACUAACACCGAGAAGGAUCUGAAUGUGUUCGAGACCACCAUCAGAUACAUCGGCGGCCUGCUGUCGGCCUACGACUUGAGUGAAAGGAGAUACGAAUCACUCCUGACCAAGGCUACAGAACUCGCGGACAUGCUCUAUGCUGCGUUCGACACUCCCAACCAUUUCCCUGUCUGUCGCUGGGACUGGAGAAAAGCCGCAGCAGGAGUUCAACUGGUUCCAUCGGACUAUACUCUGCUGGCAGAAGUCGGAUCACUGUCAGUCGAAUUCACGCGCCUUUCCCAGCUUACAGGCGAUCCCAAAUACUACGAUGUCAUCGCACGUAUCUCCAAGCACAUGGUCGAUGCCCAAGACAAGACACUCUUGCCGGGACUAUGGCCCACAAUCGUCAACACACGAGACCUGAAAUGGGACUUCAAUCACUUCACCUUUGGCGGCAUGGCAGACUCAACCUAUGAAUACCUUCCUAAGGAAUACCUCCUUCUCAACGGCGCAGACCAAUCCUACGGCCUGAUGUACGAAAGAGCUAUCACCACCGCCGAAGAACACCUUUUCUUCCGGCCCAUGAUCCCAACCAACGCACCAGUCCUCUUCAGCGGUACCACCUCCCUCACCGAGCAAGGCCACCCUUCCCUCGACCCUCAGGGCCAACACCUGACCUGCUUCACAGCGGGCAUGCUGGCCAUCGGGUCCAAAAUCUUCGAUCGCCCUAACGAUCUGCACACCGCGAAGCAGCUCCUCGACGGCUGCAUCUGGGCCUACAACGCAACCCCAUCCGGCCUUAUGCCCGAGACAUUCCACGUCUGGGACGACGACAGGUACUACGCCGCCAUCGCCGCCCGCCACACCGACAGCGACGAGCAACCCUCCGACCCGUCAGUAUCAGACGCCUCACCAGUCGAACACGGCAAACUCCUUGCCAAACAAAACGGCGUGAUCCCAGGCUUCACCGCCCACGGCGACAACCGAUACAUCCUUCGGCCCGAAGCCAUCGAAUCAAUCUUCAUACUCUACCGCGUCACAGGCGACACCGCAUACCAAGAAGCCGCGUGGCGGAUGUGGGAGGCAAUCGAUCGCGCUACGAAGACGAAAAUCGCCAACGCGGCAAUCUUCGAUGUCAGGAUGAAGAUCCCUCUGCAAAGUGAUCGAAUGGAGAGCUUCUGGCUGGCGGAGACGCUGAAAUAUUUCUGGUUGGUUUUUGGUGAUCCGGUGGGGGAUGGCGAGGUGGAUUUGGAUGAGUGGGUGUUGAACACGGAGGCGCAUCCUUUCAGGAGGCCGACUGCUGCGUGA